GCGUGUGGCACAGGAGCACCGCUCCGCUGGCGUCAUAUCCGGCGGAGAGGGUUGUGAGUGGAGUCGGCGGCGACACAACUUCCUCUUUCGGGCGGCAGGCGGCAGAGAAGCGACAUGAAGGCGUCGGGCAUGCUCAAGGAAUACAAGGUGAUAGGGCGACGCCUGCCCUCACCUAAAGAGCCCAACCCUGCUCUCUACCGGAUGCGAAUCUUUGCUCCAAAUCACAUUGUUGCCAAGUCUCGAUUCUGGUACUUCAUUUCACUGAUGAAGAAGCUGAAGAAAUCUGCUGGUGAAAUUGUCUACUGUGGCCAGGUUUUUGAGAAGUCACCGGAAAAGGUGAAGAACUUUGGGAUUUGGCUGCGUUAUGACUCUCGUAGUGGGACUCACAAUAUGUACAGGGAGUACAGAGACCUGACCACUGCUGGUGCUGUCACCCUGUGCUACCGUGACAUGGGUGCUCGCCACCGCGCUCGUGCUCACUCCAUUCAGAUCAUGAAGGUCGAGGAGAUCCCAUCCAGCAAGUGUCGCCGCCCUGCUGUGAAGCAGUUCCACGACUCCAAGAUCAAGUUCCCUCUCCCGCACAGAAUUCUGCGUCGCCAGCACAAGCCACGUUUCACCACCAAGAGACCAAACACCUUCUUCUAAAAUGUAUUGAUAGUCUGUGCCUGAUCUGUGAGAAAAUACAACAAUGGCUGACA